UGUGUGGAGAGCUGGGAGACUGUAAGGAAAGGGAGGUCAAACGCACCUAAAGAGUUUGUAAAAACGUGAAGCUGUAUGCAGGAGAGAUAAACAGAUAUAUAGACGUGUUGGAGUUACAAUAGACGAUUAAAUCCGCAGUGCUGUUUUUAAGAGUUUGGACUCAGAAGUAAGUGUGUAGAGAGUGGUUUAUCCGUGUCGCACUAGAUGACAGGUGACAGAUAACGUUAGCUAAUGCUAAUGCUACCAGCGUGCUCGUAGCCACUAUAGACAGCUCUAUAACCUUACAACCAGAGUAACAUUAUGACUUUUGCUAGCCAAAAGUCUGUGUAAUCAUCUGUAUAAAGGUAAUGCAUGGUGCUUCUCUGCAGACCAUUAGCUGCGUUAGGUCGUUAGCUGCACUUUGCUGGUGUUUGUUAUUAUUAUCUUAGUCUUUGGAGAACUUGUGUUUUCACGGUCACCACCGUCAUGUUGCACUCUGUGCCGCGUCGACCCAUCUGCGAGAUCGGUGUAAACACCAUGAGGCUUCAGAGCAGCAGGUCAGCCUUCAAGCGGACUGUGGAGGUGGAGGGCGAGCUGGAGAGGAGGGUCCCGUGGCUGGGCAGAGGCAUGGGCCUGCUGCUGUCCUGGCUCCAGAGGGCAGGUGUUGGUGCCACUGAGGCCAAAAUGGGAUCAGGCCAGAAGAGGAAGGGCCUGCUCUCCAUAUUUGCGGACCACUGCGGCUUUGUGACCGGACAGAGGCUCCGGCGUGCCUGCCAGAUCGGCGAGCUUUACUCCAACCUGUACUCCGAGAGGACCAGGUGGACCCUGGUGGGCAACAUAUGGCGCAGGUUUCAGAGCAAGCACUCACCCAAUGGGAAACUCCUCGCUGCCCUGGCUGGGAUCUUCAUGUGGGAGAGUGAGAAGAUUCAAGAUGAGGACAUUCACAGGUGUGGACUUGAGCUACAGGCGAUGGAAGCCAUAAAAUGUCAAAACAACACACCCUCGGGCACAGCAGCCGGACAACUUGAACCUGACUGGGAAGUCGUGAUGGAGAAAAAAAGCUUCAAAGUGUGGAAGCGGCCCAUACCCAACAGUCACCUCUAUGAAUACAGAGUUUUGGGCUCCUACAACGAUGUCACCCCAAGGCAGUUCUUCAAUGUACAGUUGGAUACAGAGUACAGAAAGAAGUGGGACGCACUGGUUAUCAAGCUUGAAGUGGUGGACAGAGACGUCUCUACAGGCUCUGAAGUUGUGCACUGGGCCACACACUUUCCUUAUCCCAUGUACUCGAGGGACUAUGUGUAUGUGCGCCGCUAUGAUGUUGACGUAGAAAACAACCUGAUGGUCCUGGUAUCCAGAGCCGUGCAGCAUCCCAGAGUACCAGAGUCUCAGGAUUUUGUGAGAGUCCAUGCAUACCAGUCAAAGAUGGUCAUCCGCCCUCACAAGUCCUUUGAUGAGAAUGGAUUUGAUUACCUGCUGACCUACAGUGACGAUCCUCAGACUGUCUUUCCCCGUUACUGUGUGAGCUGGAUGGUGUCAAGUGGUAUGCCAGAUUUUCUGGAGAAGCUGCAUAUUGCUGCCUUGAGGGCCAAGAACUUGGAAGUGGGGAUCUACGACUACGCCGGCGUUAUUAAAUCCAGCGACAACAACCGCCAGCCGAGCCAGGAGCGCCACAGUAAACCUGGACAGAUCUACGCUUGAGAUGGACAUUUUAUAGACCAGGGGUUAUGUUUGGGUGUUUUUCAUGUGCACUUGAACCUCAAUUAAACCAUCCAGCCCCAACUUUUUGGGUAGGUUGCAUGAACUGCAAAUGGAAGUUGCAACUGACAUUUAAGACAAAUAUACAGUAUGUCCAUCCGUAGACAUGGUUAUAUUGGUUGGUAGAUGAGAUAUAACAAGAACUAUGGACUAUUAAUGACAGCAUUACUGUCCUUUGGAGGAAAUGUUGCCAUAGAAAUAUUCAUCCAGACUGCUGGCAUUGGCACUAUUUUUGCGUAGCCAGGCAAUGUGACGUGGCAUUUCUUUUUGCCUCGUUUGGCAAUGAAAUAUGUCUCAGAACUGUUGGUAAGAUCGAGCCAAAAUUCGUAAUUGUAGAGAUGCUUUUGCCAAAACACUGUUUCUCCCUUUUUUAACGUUCUAUGUCUUGUCUUCCAUUGUUCAACAAGGCUCAACUUUAAAGGCUGUUCUGACCGCAUGCAGCCACAUUACUGUAUUAGUAUCUGUGGUGUGAUUUCAGCGAGAUGUUGAGGUAAAGGUUGUGCAGUACUGGAUAUAGAACGGUAACUGACUGGCUUCUGAUGAACAUUAUCACUGAAACAAAACUACGGCCAAGAUUUCUACGCUGACUGAUGAAGAAUUGAGGCCUCUGUGUGGAAUACUUUGUACUACGUUUCUUCCUGUUUGGUUUGCAGCAUUAGUGAUUUUGAUAUUCACAUGACAGGAUGGGAUGAAUUAAGAAAAAAUAUUAUGAUGCCAUUAUUGGAAAAUUUGUCCACAGAAUUGAACAUGUAAACUCUCGGGCUUCUUUGUGUUUUGGGGAUGGCAUUGUUUUGCUGUCAGCACCGCGUCUGUUCUAAACUGCCAGCGUUGACAAAACAGCCUUCUGAAGAUAAACCAGUCCUUCUGCAUUCGGGGCAUAGUGUCUUAUAACAACCACAUAAAUCCUCAAAUAUAAUGGUACUGAUGCAAUGAAGUGUAGAUUCCCUAGCAAGGCAGCCCUACAGAGAUGCAUUUUAAUAAACCAAAUACCCCUUUUUAGAGAAACUUGGAGCACUUGUGCCACAUCACAAUCCGUUUGCAUUUCAUUUGUGGUCAAAAUAUUACGUUUUCUCAGCUCAGAAACUCUAUUUGUUAUCUGGGUGUCCACAACAGACAUCACUGAAGUUUGUACUGUUAGUCAUGGGUGUUUUUUUGUGUUAUUGUAGAUCUUGUACAUUCAUAAAACCUGAAUACUGGAAAUCCCUGCUAACAACACCCUCUGUAACAUUUGUCCUGCAUUGUGAAUCUUCAGUUUUUGUUGUUAUUAAUGUGGGUCCUACUGAAACUAUAUAUAUAUUCAUCCUUCCAAAUCACCCAUGUUGCUUUUGUAAUUAAUUUUGCAGGGGGUGUUAUGAAUGUACAAAGAGCCUCACGUUGUUUGGAAUAAAACAUCGCUUAAUAAAAUACACUGUUUACAGCCUGACAAUCCGGCACAAAUAUCUUGAAAUUCAUUCGUGUUUAAACACAUUUCAUCUUGUACUAAAGUUAUGUGUUGUUGGUACAUCCGAGUGAAUAAAGCUGCAGUGACUCAAGAUAAAGCGCUGCCACGGGAUCCACUUUUGUGAAGGUCCCACAUGUAUGAGUAUGGAAUAUUAAUGUCCCCACUGUUUCAAAAUAUGUAUCUGUAGUGAAGUAUUUCCAGCUAUCUGAUUUAAAAAAAAAAAAAUGGCAGUGGAAGUUGUGAGAUACAGAUAUGCUGAAAGUGUGAGGAGGGAAAUGCUUGUUUUUUAUAUUUAUCUCUUGUGUGGUAAAACAAAGCUGAGAGACUUUAAAGCGAUCAUAAUAUCCCAAUUAAACAUGCAACGUUUGCUAAUGUUCAGCUUGCGAAUGUACUGUAACUGUUAAUGCUCUGUCAUUUGUAGACACCUGCGUGCCACCUGCAGUAGUCUAAAAGUGUUGUCUCAUACUGUUUUGUUUGUUUUACAUUUGUUGUGAUUAGCUAUACACAUGAUAAUUACUUUAGCAACAUAAAAAUGAUUGUGUGGAUAUGAGCUGGUGCACUGUGAUUACAAGACUGAUUGAAAUGGAUGAGCAACUAAUCGGAUCAAAUAAACAUCUUCAUGUGCA